UGCGUGCGCGCGUUUCCGGGCGGCGCGGUUGCAACCCCGGAAGUGUUUGCCCGCGAAGACAAGGCUGAGGAUAGAAAGCGCCGGAGGACGAGAGCGGAGUCAUGGCCGGCUGAUUGGUUUAGGCCCACAUAACCCCAGAAAGAAGCAAGAUCUUGACAAGCUCUAUGACCUGAAAGCUAAAGCUCAACAGAUUAUGAACCAGUUUGGACCAUCUACCCUGAUCAAUUUGUCCAACUUCUCCUCUAUCAAACCAGAACCAGCCAGUACUCCUCCCCAUAGUUCCAUGGCAAACAACACCACAGUGGCCAAGAUGCCAGGAACCCCUAGCAGCGGGGGACGCCUCAGCCCUGAAAGCAACCAGAUCUUAUCAAAGAAGAAGCUGCAGGAUCUUGUCAGAGAGGUGGAUCCAAAUGAGCAAUUAGAUGAAGAUGUAGAGGAGAUGCUGCUGCAGAUUGCUGAUGACUUCAUUGAAAGUGUGGUGACAGCUGCCUGUCAGCUUGCGCGGCAUCGCAAGUCCAACACUUUGGAAGUGAAAGAUGUCCAGCUCCAUCUUGAGCGACAAUGGAACAUGUGGAUCCCAGGUUUUGGCUCUGAAGAAAUUAGGCCUUAUAAAAAAGCUUGCACUACAGAAGCUCACAAACAGAGGAUGGCACUGAUCCGCAAAACAACCAAAAAAUAAUGCCUGAGAGUGACAGGAAGGCCAAAAUGGCUAAAAUGAAAAUGGAUUUGCUGGGGAGUAGGAAUCUGCCUUUCAAGCUGUCAAGUGUCUAUGACAUCCUCCAUGGGAUUUUGUUUCUCCAUGCUUUGCAGAGAAGCCUAACCUUUAAGAAUGCAGCAGUAUCUGAGCUUGGAAGGAGAGCUGCCCAGAGUCAUUCAGUUCUCCCUCCCCUCUGUAUUUCUCCAAAACAACACAAUAUAUCUUGAAACACAGACUUUAUUUUCUGUCUUCAAAGUGAUUUAUGUUGUGAUUGUCCAAAGGACAGAAUAUUUUGGUAUUUUGGGAACAGUAUUAGAAAUGGCUAUAGUUGUUUUCAUUUCCCUUUUAUUUGUUUGUAAUGUUGCUGGUUAUAGAUAUUUGAUUUUGGGGUAAAGAAAUUAUCAAUCUAAACUAGGUAAUAAUAUUGACACCAACUCCAAAAAGACAUGUGCUUCAGGGUGGCCCCAGGGAAAGGGCUGAUGAUUACAAGUAGUUCCCUGUCCCCUCUUUUAAUGCUCCACGUGUAGGAAAAAUAAAUUUUAAUUCUUCUUAUAUUGCAAGCCUUUCUACCUCCAAAGAUGCAAUAGAACUCCAUCUGUGAUCGGCUCAGAGCAAAAGAUCAGUGGGGAAGUACUGAUGCAACUUGCAGGGCUGUUUUUUUUUCUCAUUGUGACUUAUGCUUAAUGUCUUGACAGAUAGUUACAUGCUGCUGUGUUAUAUAAACCUGCAGCUUUCUUAUCCCUUGAGAACUGAUUGAAAAAUCUUCAAAUUAGUCACUGGUAUCUGGGUCAGCAAGCAUUACAAAUCCAAAAGCACACUUAAAAUUACAAGCAGGGUCAAAUUGGUGGGAAAUGGAUUAUCACUUUUGAUUUUGAUGCUUGAACAACACCAUGCAUUAGCUGGGUUUUUAUACCUUGCAUUGUUCCUUGUUGCUGUUAGCUUUAAAAAUAAACCACCCUUCACACUUGAUAGACUGAACUGUAAUAGUAAAGGUGCUGCACAAUCAGCAAUCCAAAGUAAUAGCAGAGCCACUUAAUGACUGCCUGAUAUGCAUCUCUUGUAUUCAGCGCCUGAAGGAUGUGUUCACUUUGUUUUGAGCCACCCAGCUAUGGCUCACCCUGCUCCUGACACUUCAUGAAAUUCUCCCAACUGCUUAAAUUACAAUAAUAAACAAGUAUACAAAUGCCUUCUCUAUUUUCAAA